GUUGUUGACAACCCCUCCCACCUCAGUUAAUUCGAGGGUGAGACGCGGACGGCUGUUUAUUGACUUACCUGCUUUGACAAAAAUGUUCACCUUACUUCUACUAAUUUUCGCUUGUUGUUUAAAUGAAGCGAACUUACAUUCGCCGAGGAUGGUGUUCAAAUACAAAGAGGCUCCAGUUAAAAGGUUUCCAUUGCGUGAACAUUUGCCAGUUCAGAUUCUCUUCGAAGAAUGGUCGGCUAAUGUUACAUCUGUUGAAAAGACCCGUCUGGCUUUCUACAACUUUAAUAACACCAGGAAGGUUGCUAAAGACACAGAGGUCCAGUGGAAGGAUUGCCCCAGGAAUGACUGCAAAAUUGCAGUGGUUCAUCAGAGGGAAGAAGGAAAGCCGCUGUUUGUUUGUGCAACCAAAGACAGGACAUCACAAUGCUGUGACCUGGAUUCAUCAGGGUCACUCACAUGUGCUAAAAUCGACAAUAUUAACACUUUUAACAUUAAGGAAGGUGAAAAAUCUGCUCUUGAUGAAACUGAUGCAAAAACAGAUCUCUACCUUACAUCCUCUGGAGCUCACGAGAAUGUUGGCAUCCACAAGUUUGGAAGUAAAAGAGUGAGACCAGUCAAUCAUGGGAAAGAGCAGUACUAUUUGGGAUUGGUUCUGAGCAAAAGACAAGACGAGCCAUUGCAGAACAAAGUUUAUUCUUUUUAUAAGCAGAAAAACAAAGACACAAGCCCGGGCUCUAACAUGUGGCUCCCCUUUGUCAGCCAAGUUUGCAUGGCUGACAUGGGGGGUCCCAAGAACAACCUGCAGUUUAGCUGGACGUCUCUGAUGAAUGCAAGGCUCUACUGUGGUCACAAUACAGCGGACAACAAACGACAUUUCUUUGAGCUGGUGGAUGUGGCUACUGUACAUUCAGACCAUUGGAAGGACACCAGAGUUUAUGCACUGUUCAGAAAUGAAUGGGGCAUGAGUGCUGUGUGCGUCUACACAAUAGGAGACAUCGAAAACGUUUUCACCAGAUCCCCCUUUAUUGAUUCAGACAAGAACGAAGAGGACAGGAAAAAGUGUGUUCUUGACAGCACCAAGCUUUCUACUAGCAUCCUGGGGAGAGUCGAAAAGGUUUUGGAGAUGAAGGAGUGGGUGAAGCCCAGGAUGGGCCCAGUUCUCUUCAACCAUCACAACUACACCCGAAUCCUUGUUGAUGCUUCCCCAGGGAAUCAACACGACGUUAUGUUUCUCUCUCUAAGUAAUGGUGCGAUUCACAAGGCAAUACAGUUGGAAAGUCAUUCUUUCAUCAUCGCUGAGUAUCAACCUUUUAACUACUCAGCCCACAUCCUCAACUUUGUCCUUAACCCCUCUACUAAAAAGCUGUACGUGAACUCACAAACUGAGCUGGUCCAAAUUGACGUGGGAAACUGCGGUCAGUAUGGAAACAACUGUCCGGACUGUGUUCUGUCCAGAGAUCCAUACUGCAGCUGGGAAGCCCAACAAUGCACCUCUGCGACGAGUGGUGCAAGUUCUGUGGUCCACAGGAACCAUAGCAUGUGCUCAGAAGACCUGGCAUCACCACUUCGACGCUCAGCUGGAGGCCCCAAAAGUCAUGUAGACAACUCAGUGAAAAGCAUGACAGUUCCCUCUGAGUCCAGCUGCUUCCUGCGAUGUCCAGUGUCAUCCCAUCAUGCCCAGUAUACCUGGAAAACUCCUGAAAACUCCAGUUCCUGUUACUCGAGGGACGGCCAGUGUCUUCUGCUGAUUGACAGCAUGACUCCCAGUCAACAGGGAGUGUAUAAAUGUGAGUCUGAGGAAAUGGGCUAUCGAAAAGUCCUGGUACAGUACGAGCUGAGAUGUUCAUCUGCAGGCCAGACAUUUAGUUCAACUGUCUGGAUCUUUAUUGCAGCAGUCUUCAACAGUGUCUGGUUUUAGUUCUGAGCCUUUAAGCACACUUUUCUUUAAUUGCAGCAAAUUAAAUCUUGAACAAGAUCUGUCAGAGCUUGAGGUUGGUGUGGUCAAACAGGCUAGACAAAGUGAAAAUAUUGUUGCAAAAA